CAGAAGAGGCUGUGCCGGGGGGCGCGACAGCCGUGGGGUGGGGGCAUCGUGCACGUGUGGUUGCCACUCCACGUGCGCGACUCUGCUCGCGCUUCUUGGAGGCGACAGUUCGAACUCGGGGUCCCGCUCCAGAGGUGACGGCUCGGAUGUGAGCGGGACGCAACAGGAAUGCCGGGCGGGGGGAAACAACGAGGCGCACGGGAGGGAGAGAGAGUGGCCUCUUAUAGGGACAAGAGGGGGUCACGUCCGGGAGAGUUUGAGGGGACAGACGAACCAUCCGCUCGGUCCCCAACUGGACCAGCACCAUGUGCAACAACUGCUGACGCCACGCAAAGUCCUCUCGCACGCCAACCUUUCAACACAAGCCCACCUUAAAAAGAUGACGUCCGCCACCCCCACUUCUGCUCGUAGCUCCUCCCCCCAGAAGGUGUGCCACUCUCAGACGCAGACGGACGUCUUGAAACCCCUGCUGGGCGGCGGCCUCUCCAACACCGGCGGUACGUUGCGGAAGCGGCGGCGGGUGCUGUCCAAAGAUGGCCGCAGCAACAUCCGCAUCGAGCACGUUAGUGGGCGCGGCUCUCUUUACAUGCGAGACCUGUGGACCACCUUUGUGGACAUGCAGUGGCGCUACAAGUUCUUCCUGUUCACCGCCACCUUUGCCGGGACCUGGUUCCUGUUUGGGGUGCUUUGGUACCUGCUGGCGCUGGUGCACGGAGACCUGCUCGAGUUCGAGCCUCCAUCCAACCACACUCCAUGCGUGAUGCAGAUGCAGACGCUGACGGGCGCCUUCCUCUUCUCGCUGGAGUCGCAGACCACCAUCGGCUACGGUUUCCGCUGUAUCACCGAGGAGUGCCCCGUCGCCAUCGUCCUGCUCAUCAUCCAGCUGCUCAUCACCACGCUCAUGGAGAUCUUCAUCACCGGAACGUUCCUGGCUAAGGUGGCGCGUCCGAAGAAGCGAGGCGAGACGGUCAAGUUCAGCCAGCACGCCGUGGUGUCGAGCCAGGAGGGACGCCCGUGCCUCAUGAUCAGGGUGGCCAACAUGCGCAAGAGCCUCCUCCUUGGCUGUCAGGUGACGGGUAAGCUGCUCCAGUCGUCUUUGACGAAGGAGGGCGAGACGGUUCGCCUGGACCAGAGGAACGUGGCCUUCCAGGUGGACACUUCCAGCGACAGCCCCUUCCUCAUCCUGCCACUCACUUUCUACCAUGUCAUCGACGAUGACAGCCCUCUGAGGGCCUGGGCGGCCAAGGGCGGCGGCUGGACUGAUCCGGAAUUGGCCGACUUUGAGCUGCUGGUCAUCCUAAGCGCCACAGUGGAGCCCACGUCGGCCACCUGCCAGGUUCGCACCUCCUACCUGCCCGACGAGAUCCUGUGGGGCUAUGAGUUCCCUCCUGUGGUCUCCCUGUCGCCAUCGGGCAAAUACGUGGCCGACUUCGCCUUUUUCGACAAGGUGGCCAAGAGCAAGGCGCAGCCCGUCUUCAAGCCGUCAGAGGGCCAGCGACACGGCUACCAGAGCAACGGCGGUGGGAAACACGCCGACGGCUCCGACCCGGAGAAGAUCCGCUUGGAGCAAAGCUACCGGGAGGAGCGAGGCCGUGUCAGCGUUCGCAUUAGCAACGUGUGAAAACCUGAUAUGGGACUCGUUUGUGGACUGCGGUGCCGUCUGCCUCACAGAACCUGAGCACAAACUAUGGAAAAUCAAACGGCACUGAAAAAUAAACUGGCGAGUGGUGGCAGAGGUUCUUUU